AUGAAUUCAGGAAGCAAUUCUACUGCUUCCGUUGGCAGCAACAGAGCUGCUACCGCUUCUGUCAGUUGUAGAGAUAGUUUAAUUUCCGUCACUAGAAAAAAACCAACUUCUUCUUCGUCAGGAAGAAGAACACAAUCCCGAGAAGGCUUUUAUGGUUCCAAUAGUAAUGGUUCGAGUGUGUCAAGUAAUAUAAUUGGACCAACUAGUGCAGUUGAUUCUUGGGCACUUGGCAACUCUGAUUUGGAACCUGUUGGAGCCAUUCCAAGAAAUUCAUCGACAUUAUCCAUACGAUCAAAAACAUCUGUGGAUUGUGAUAGUGGAACAACAACUAAUCAUAUUUCUUUACCUGACAUUGGAAUGAGUCGUUCAAAAUCUGAAAAAGAGAGAACAAAACAAUUACUAUUAAAAGACGAUCAAGAAUUUAUUGAAAAAUUAAAACUUAAAGUUGAGGAACAACAACUUGAACUUGAAAAGAGUAAUGGAUCAUUGGAACAAAUUCAACGAAAUUUUGAACAAUUAUCAGCAAUGUACAAGAAUGAAAAAGCAAAAUCAGAAAGUAUUCGAUUAGAAAACGAGAGAUUAAAAGACGAGAGUGCAUCUCUAAGAGCAAAUAUCAAUUCGUCGUUCGUUUCUAAGGUUGCCUAUCAAGAAGUGGAACAACAAUUAAAUCAUUUAUUUACUAAAUUGAAAGAAAAAGAAGAAUUCAAUUCAGAACUGGAAAAAGAAAAUGCCACUCUAAAAGCGAACCUUUUUGAUUUGAAUGUAAAGAUAAAAAAUAUGAUUCAAGAAUUAGACACUUCAAGAAGAGAAAUCGAUCAUCAAGGUGUUGAAUUUAAGAAGCAAUCAGAUCUAUUGAAAUUAGAAACCAAAGUAUUGAAUGAUCAUUUAUCGAGUCACAAGACUGAACUGGAAGAUAAAAAGAUGGAAAUCAUUCGACUUGAAGCAAGACUCAAGGACAAAGAAAGAAAUAUUGUUGCUCUUCAACAAGUCUUGUCUCAAAAAGAUAGCCAAGCUCAAGAAUACAAAGAAAAAUUAUUGACUUUAGAAAAGAAUCAAGAAGCUGCAAACUCUCGCUUGAAAGAAAAAUUAAAUGAAGAUUAUGAAAACAAUGUCAAGCAAUUGGAGUCUAAGAAUAAGGAGAAUAUUCGAUACAUUAAUGAUUUGAAAAAUCAAAUUUCAGAAAUGAAAACACAACUACGGGAUAAGGAUCACUCUGAGAAAGAGUCACAACAACAAGUCAGAAAUUUACUCGAUGAAAUUGAAAAUUAUGUUUCCAUCGUUAAAAAAUUAGAAGAAGAGGUUUCCAUUCUGAAAAAUGAUCGAAAGGAAAUGGCACUUGAAAAACAAGUGAAGGAUCUCGCCAUACAAAAUUCUGAUUUGUUAAAACAGAUCGAAAUGAUGUCAUUGCACAAGAAAAAGUUAGAAGGUGUAUCCAAUGAGAAAGAAAAACUUGUUCAAUUAGUCACAACAUUACAACAUGAAAAUGCUGAACUUGCAUUACAGGUUGAAACACUCUCUCGAAAAGAUCAAGAUGAAGCUCAUAUCUAUUCCGAAUUAAUGAAAGUAAGAGAAGACAAUGAAGAACUCACUCAGAAACUAGAGGAAACGACUCACAAACUUUUCGAACUUGAAUCCUCAAUGAAACUCUUUGAACACAAAGUACUCGAUUUGGAGAGUUUACUCAAAACGAAGGAAGAGUCUAUUGAAAUUCUAAAUCUAAAAACAAAUCAAAAGGAAAAAGAAUUACGUGAAAAAGAACAAGCACAUAAGAAGGAUAUUGAAAAAGAAAGGGCCAUUUGGAAAGAAGUGACUCUCACAAACACACAACUUGAAUCAACCAUUUCCAAUUUAAGAGCUGAUCUUGAAAAAUUGCAAAAAGAAAUGAAUGACAAUAAGGAACACUAUGAAAAACAGAUCAAAAAAGAACAAGUCAUGAUGGAUCAUGUUCAUAAGAAUCAAAAGUAUCUUCAGGCAACCAUUGAAAAGUUAAUCAAAGCAGAAGAAACGACGGUGAGCUCUCUGACGUGUACACAUUGCUUUCAAUUGUUUGAAGAUCCAUGUCUGUUAGUCCCAUGCAGUCAUACCUAUUGUUCACACUGCUGGGAGGCUUUACAAGAAGAAAAUGAGUAUUCAUGUUGUUCUUGUCCAGAGUGCAAUGAAAUGGUGCAGGCAGCGGUGCGAGUGGGUGUGCUGGAUGGAUUGGCAAAGAAGUCAGCGUAUCGAAAAGAGCAACUUCAAAGUGUCUUCGAGUCGGUUAAGAAGUUCUUUUCCAUUCAGUAA